AUGUUCGCCAAACAGAUCCUUCUCCCUGCCCUCGCGGCCUGGAGCGUCUCUGCUGCCAAUAUCUGCUCCGAGACCACCAUCACCCUCAAUUCCGCUGCCGAUGCCGCCGCUCUCGCCAGCUGCUCCACCAUCGCAGGCAGCAUCGUCCUCAGUUCGACUGUCUCCGGUGUGGUCAGCAUCGAUGGUCCUCAACAAAUUAAGGGUGAUAUCGUGUGCGAAGACGCUGGCCAGUUGACCAGCUUGGGCAGUUCCUCGAUUGGCACAAUUGGCGGUACCUUCAGACUCACCAACUUGACCCUUCUGUCCACACUCUCCAUGUCCGAUUUGACCUCCGUCAAGGCUCUCGAAUGGACCGCGCUGCCUGCUCUCUCGCAGCUCACCUUCCCUUCGGUUCUCUCCAAGGCCAAUGCCGUCCUCAUCACCAACACCUUCUUGAGCACCCUUGAUGGUAUCAACUUGCAGACCGUUGGCACCCUGAACAUCAACAACAACAACCGCCUGAAGACCUUCAGCACCCAAGUUGCAAACAUCACCCAGCUUGUCGACAUCUCUUCCAACGGUCAGAACCUGGAUGUCAGCUUCCCUAACCUUAUCUGGGCAGCCAACGCCACUUUCAGAAACGUCUCAUCCAUCAAGCUCCCUUCUUUGGCUACCGUCAACGGGUCUCUUGGAUUCUAUGGAACCAACUCCGAGAGCAUUAUCGCACCCAACCUGACCACUGUCGGUGAUAUCACCAAGAGCGCCUCCGUGGGAGGUAGCUUGGCAUUGGUUGCCAACUCUGCGCUUUCUAACAUCUCAUUCCCUGUCCUCAAGUCCGUUGCAGGCGCUGUCCAGGUUGCCAACAACACAGCCCUUAGCGCCAUUAGCUUCCCAGCUUUGGAGACUGUCAAUGGUGCAAUUGAUUUCGCCGGAAACUUCUCUACCCCUGAGCUCCCAGAGAUCAAGGACGUCAAGGGCGGUUUCAAUGUUCAAUCAACUGUCAAGAUUGACUGCAGCAACUUCGAGAGCAUGAAGAACAAGAUUAUCCAGGGAACCUUCACCUGCAAGACUACCGCCGACGCAAAGAGCGGAGUUGGCUCAUCAACCGGAACCAGCAGCAGUGACAGCCCCACCUCAUCCAAGAAGAGUGAUGCUGGAUCAUUCGGCGUCAGCGAGGCUGUUGCCGGGUUCUCAGUCCUCGGAGGUCUUCUGCAGAUGUUGUUGUAA